AUGAAGAACGUACAUGCUACGACCAAGGAAAUCCUCUCACGCCAUCCGAAGAUAAACUUCCUCGUCAUGUCUCCUGGGUACAUGACGUUGAAGGGUCGAGAUGAGACGGAGGAGGCGAUCGAUCACAAGUUGGCGCUGAAUCACUAUGCCAGGUGGACUUUUGCGAAUGGGUUGCCGCCUGCGUUGAAAAGAGCAAAGGAAGACGGGGAGGACGUGAAAGUGUGUUCGGUGUUGGGCGCUGGGAAGGGUGGGGAGAUUGACGUUGAGGAUUUGGGAUUGAAAAAGUCAUUCUCUGUGGCCAAAGCCGCGCUUGCUUCGAUCUCAUGA